GAAAUAAUUUUCUCUGAAAUAAAACCCUAAAACCCUUGUUCUCCCUCAAAUAGCGCUAACUGAAGAUGAUGGAACUUCUCGUCCCUCAGCAUGCAUAUACAUCAAACCCUUAAAGUUCCUUGCAACCAAAUUUACCAGAGACUAAUUUCUUCUUCUCGUCUCUUCCUGAGAAUAGCUCAACUGGGUCUGCUGCUGCUGCUGCUGAAGCUUCUGAACUUCAAGAUCAGCCAACUGCGGGUAAGAAAAGAAAAUCUACUAGCACCGCAUCUGAAGCAUGGUCACACUCCACACAACAGCUGCAGCUAGUUAUAACUAUGAUGCUUGUAGGAAAGCUUUAAUGGAAAGGGUUACUGAAUGUGGGAUGCCUUUUGAAAUGGUUGAAGGAGAAGAGUUUAAGGCAGUUUCCAAAGUCCUUGAUCCUGGAUUUGAGGUCCCAUCUUGUAUGACUAUUUAUCGUGAUGUUUUGUCUCUGUAUUUGUCUGAGAAGCAAAAAUUGAAAGAUUAUUUUACAGCAAAUCGUCAGAGAGUGUGUCUCACAAUUGAUUCAUGGACAUCCAUCCAAAAGCUUAAUUAUAUGUGCAUAACUGCUCACUAUACUGAUCAAAAUUGGAAGUUGCACAAGAAAAUCUUAAAUUUCUGCCAGAUUGGGAGUCAUGAAGGUGUAAACAUUGGUAAAACUCUAGAGAAAUGUCUGUUAGAGUGGGGAAUUGAUAAGGUGUUCACGGUGACUCUUGAUAAUACUAGAGCUAACGAUAUUGCUCUUAAAUAUCUGAUGGAUAGUAUGAACAGUUGGAUCACUGCAGUAAUGAAAGCUGAAUUCAUACAAGUAAGAUGCGCUGCUCAUGCACUCAGACUUCUUGUAAAGGAUGGUGUAAAAGUGUAUCAUCAGUGUAUUACCAGAAUCAGGGCAGUGGUGAGGUAUGUAUUAGUUCUCCUUCUAGAUUGAGAAAAUUUAAGCAAUGUGUCGAGAAAGAAAAGAUUGCUUGCAAAAAGGGUUUAGUUUUAGAUGAUAAAACUAAAUGGAAUUCUACGCUAUUGAUGUUAGAGGCAGCUGAAAAGUUUGAAAAAGCUUUUGCAAGGUUAGAAAGGGAAGAUACUGAGUUCUAUACAAAGUUUUGUUCUAGUACUUCUACUUCUACUGUUGAUAGAGAAGCUUCCGCCCUUGACAUUGAAGAAGCUUCUUGUUCUGAUUCCGAAGCCGAUGAAGAAGCUUCAGCUCUUGGCAAAAAAACUUCUAGUUCUGGUAAAGGCAGGUCUCCUUUAAGAGCUCCAGAUGCUGAAGAUUGGAGUUGUGCCAGAAAUUUUGUGGAGUUCCUAGAUGUAGUUCUUGAUGCUAUUGUUAAGUUUUCUGCACCUACGUAUGUUACAUCAGAUUCCUUCUUGUCGAAUCUUUGUGAUAUUCAUGAAUUGAGAAUGGAGGUAAACGAUAAAGACCCAUCUUUAAACAAGGCUACUAUAAUGUUUAAUAAGUAUUAUAAAGUAUUGAGGAAAAUAUGCAGACAUGCAUCCUUUCUUGUUUAUUGCUGUACUGCUUGA